AUGCCAGGGAAGAAGCAAAAAAGCAAAGAGUGGCCUUCCCCCCCCCCAAGAGAGGGACCCUCGCACCCUCCAUCCAUCUCCCUUCGAAAAGGUUGGCUGGCUUGCCUGGCCUUUUUGCUUUUUCGCCUGCUCUCUCUCUCUCUGUGUCCGUCUCUCUCUCUGUCGCUGUCUCUCUGUCUCUCUGGUGUCUCUCGCUGUAGGGACAUUAUUGCCAUCUCUCCAUGGCCAACCUGGAGAAAGCCCAAAAAGAAAAAAAAAAAAAAGAAAAGAAAGAAAGAAGAAAAAGAAGAAGAAGAAGCAGAAUGGGUGGUGAGUGGUGAGUGGGCAGGGCAGCGCGGCGAUGGAGGGAAGAGGGCAGAAGGAAGGCCAGAAAAGAGACGAGCUGAAAAGAUGGAAGAUGGCAGAUGGCAGACUUGGAAUGACAGCAACUGGACAGGCAGCAACUGGGACUUGGAGACGGGUGAACCAUGGCAUGGUGACAGCCAGUGA